AUGGAAGAAGUUUGUCUGACGCAUUUGAAUAAAAAUGUAUCGCCAUUAGGCAAUGUCACCGUUGAACUGCCGGAAACGAUCUGUGAAAUUUGUGUUUGUGGAAAGAAGGUUUUAUUUUAUUUAACUGGAGGAUUGUUCGCACUAUAUGAAUUUGUUGACGAUGGAAAACUGACACAACGAGAGGUGUUCAGUGGAAAUGAUGUUGGUUAUUUAUCGCCGCAUAGUGAGGUGCCCGUAUUUUGUUUGACUUAUGAUGGUGAGAAUCAUUUUAGCGCAUUAAGUGCAUAUCCUGAGUAUAGACUGAUAUCUGUCGAAAUGGCUUCGGAUGGGUUGAAGAGCAAAGACGUAUGUGAAGCAUCGCAAGCGUUGUGUUAUCAGAUACCGACAUCUGCGAAUGGUAUUUUGAUGGAAGCAAUAAGUGGAGAGUGGAUUCAUGUGAAGGAUUUUGAAGAAUUUGGCGAUGAAAUGGUUCAUUUCAUUGACUUUGAACGUCUUUAUAACACGAAAAUUUUCGAUUGCCAAUAUAAUAAAGAGCUGGUUCGUUGGUUUCUUUGUUUGUUUUUGAGUGUUUUCACUUAUUCUUCUUUGCUUAUUCAUUUGUGUAGCUGUGAAAAUUGUAUUAUUUGA